AUACAAACUUAAUGGUGUGGCUAUGCAUCUCAAAAUCUGAAAUUCAGAAUAAUGCAAGCCAAGGCGAACGCAUCGUAUAUAGCGGACCUUUUGCAAACCUGCAUAGAUAAUAAAGCCCACGUUGCAGGCAAACUUCUCCAUGGCCAUAUCGUCCAACUUGGCCUCUCUUCCGAUACUUUUCUUAGCAACCGCCUUACUGAGUUUUACUCGAAAUGUGGUCUCACUCGGACUGCACGCCACAUGUUCGAUCAAAUGCCUCAACCUAACAUAUACUCUUGGCAUGCGAUGCUGACUGCCCACUGUAAAGCUGGCCAGUUAGAGCAUGCUACCGAACUGUUUGUUAAAAUGCCUGAGAGGAAUAGUGUGUCGUGGAACACUAUGAUUAGCGCUUUAGCUCGAAAUGGGUAUGAAAGCAAAGCCUUGGAGGUUUACAAUAUGAUGAAUUCAGGUGGUUUUGAGCCAACUCAUAUCACCUUGGCGAGCGUUUUGAGUGCUUGUGGUGGGUUGAGGGGUAAGGAGUUUGGGAGAGUGAGUCAUGGUUUGGCUGUAAAAUAUGGUCUUGACAAAAAUGUCUACGUUGGAAAUGCAUUGUUAAGUAUGUAUGUAAAAUGUGGAUGUGGUGGGGAUGCAAUCAAGGUGUUUGGAGAUUUUCCAGAGCGUAAUGAGGUUUCCUUCACAGCAAUGAUGUCGGGGUUGGUUGAGAUUGAUCAAGUCGAAGAGGCUUUUAACAUGUUUAGGUUGAUGCAGCGGAAUGGGUUUAGGAUUGAUUCUGUUUCAUUGUCCAGUGUUCUCAGAGUUUGUGCUAAAGGUGAUGGCGGGGACUUUGUUAUUGAUGACAUUAAUGCUUGGUAUAUGUGUAAUGUGCCUGGGAAACAAGUCCACAGUCUUGUUGUUAAACUUGGAUUUGAAAGUGAUCUUCGCUUGUGUAACUCGUUACUUGACAUGUAUGUGAAAAACAAGGAUAUGGGCAGUGCUGAAGUACUUUUUGGGGACCUGCCUGAAGUUAGUACUGUUUCUUGGAAUAUUAUGAUAGGCGGAUUUGGCCAGAACUAUGAAAAGAAAAGAGCAAUGGAAUACAUGGAAAAGAUGCAGAGUUGUGGUUAUGAACCUGAUGAGGUUACUUAUAUUAAUAUGCUGGCAGCUUGUGUCAAAUCCGGGGAUGUUGAAGCUGGGUGUUGGCUAUUUGAGAGAAUGGCAUGCCCAAGCUUGAGCUCAUGGAAUGCUAUGCUUUCAGGCUACUCACAGAAUGGGGAUCACUGUGAAGCCAUAAACCUUUUCAGGAAAAUGCAGUUUCAAAAUGAGCGACCUGAUCGAACCACUUUGGCUAUCAUACUCACAUCCUGUGCAGAAAUAGCACUUUUGGAAUAUGGGAAGCAGAUUCAUGCUGCCUCAUUUAAAAAUGAUGUUCCAGGUGACAUAUAUGUAGCUAGCAGUCUUAUUGGCAUGUACUCAAAAUGUGGUUGGGUAAAAGUGGCAAAAUGUAUAUUUAAGAGAUUGCCUCAGUUAGAUAUAGUAUGUUGGAAUUCUAUGAUCUCGGGUUUGAACCUUAAUUCAUUGGACAAAGAAGCAUUUUCCUUCUUUAAGGAAAUGCUACAGAUGGGAAUGCCACCUAGUGAAUUCUCUUAUGCAACUGUACUCAGUAGUUGUGCAAGAUUAUCUUCCCUUGCAUUGGGGACUCAGGUUCAUGGCAUGAUAGCUAGAGGUGGAUAUGCGAAUGAUGUUGUUGUGGGAAGUGCUCUGAUCAAUAUGUAUUCUAAAUGUGGUGAUAUAGAUGGGGCCCGUCUUUGCUUUGACAUGAUGCCCUGUAAAAACACUAUUACCUGGAAUGAGAUGAUACAUGGGUAUGCACAGAAUGGGUGUGGAGAUAAAGCUAUUUUCUUAUAUGAGCAGAUGAUUGAAACAGGAAAUAAGCCUGAUGGUGUAACAUUUAUUGCUGUGUUAACUGCUUGUACCCAUUCAGGAUUGGUAGAUCGGGGGAUAAGAAUUUUCCACUUAAUGGAGCUAGAAUAUGGAGUGGAGCCACUGGUUGAUCAUUACACUUGUAUUAUCGAUUGUUUGGGUCGUGCAGGUCGGUUUGAUGAAGUGGAAGAACUUCUAAAUAAGAUGCCAUACAAAGAUGACCCAAUUAUAUGGGAGGUAUUGCUUAGUACAUGUAGGGUUCAUAUGAAUGUAAGUUUAGCAAGAAGAGCUGCAGCAGAGCUUUUCCGGUUGGAUCCAGAGAAUUCUGCCCCUUACGUGCUUCUAGCAAAUGUGUAUUCAUCUCUGGGAAGAUGGGAUGAAUCAAAGGGUGUUAGAGAAAUGAUGGUUGAAGGGAAGGUAGUCAAGGAUUCCGGUUUUAGCUGGGUUGAAAAUCAGAAUGGAAUUGAAGAAAAUGGGGGGGGGGGGGGGGGGGGCUUAUAAUGUGUCUUCACAUUAAUGAAACAGGAGAAUGGUAAAACUAGUUGUUGCAUUCAAAGAUAAUUGAUGUGGGCAUUUUCUAGUGUUUCAUCCACAAUUGGGUUGGUUUGCAUUGGUCUCAUCUUUUUGAGCGGAAGCCAAGAGAAUUAGAAUUAGGUUGGAGUGGAGUAUGCCUAGAUGUCUUAAUAACAUCAAAUGUAGCGAGCCAUCCUCUUCCAAUUGGUGAUGAUAAGAAACCUUGGCCAACAAAGGAAAGAGGUGUUCCGGUUUAGCGUGAGGUAUGGCUGGAUGUCUUAACAUAACAUUCAUUGUAUGCCAUGAGCUGGCCCUUGCUUUUGCUCUGUGUCAAAUUAUGUGGAUGUGCAUCAAAGCUAACUAUUAGCUUAAAACAGAAAAUAUGAGUUCUGGUUAUUUAAAAGUUAUGCUUUAGUGUGCCAUAGGUCUCUUAUAUUGUGAGAUUUGCAUUUGGUU